UCGAAAGAGACAUCUUGAUGCUCACAGAGUCUCCAUUUGUGGUCAGCAUGAUCUUCUCCUUUGAGAGUAAGCGUCACCUGUGUAUGAUCAUGGAGUAUGUAGGAGGUAAGACAUGGUCAUCAUUCAUUUGGAAUCUGGAGAAAUCAUUGACCUCUAAGAAAGGUAUGCUAAAAUAUGUCCAUAUUGGUCAUGGCACUGAUCAUAUUUCUCUUCUCUGAUUUAGGAGACUGCGGAACUCCAAUACAAUACAGGGGUCCCAUUGCCAUGAACCUGGCCCGCUUGUACUUUGCAGAGAUUUUUCUUGCUCUGGAACACCUCCAUAGCCACGGUGUGGUGCACAGACACCUGAAGCCUGACAACUUGCUGAUAACACCAUCAGGUAAUAUCAAAGUCACCGAUUUUGGACUGUCAAAACUCGGCCUCGUGAGAUUAACUACAAGGCUCCAAUGGAGGACACCAAAGAGUUCCUUGAUAAUGAGGUUUUUGGUACCCUUGAAUACAUCGCCCCAGAAGUAUUCCUGAUGGAAGGCUAUGGGAGGCCCAUUGACUGGUGGGCUACAGGUAUCAUCCUACAUGAAUUCCGGGUAGGAUCUGUUCCGUUCUUUGGCAGCACCAAGAAGAAGGUGUUCAAUGCUGUGAUCAAGGGUUAGUAAAAGUAUUAUUAAUACAGUAUAUAUCCCAUUUGUCUAAUGUCACAAAGGAUAACUAUAUCAAUCUGAUA